GCCACAACCUACUGCAGUCCACAGCACAAGGAGGGAGAGAUAGUCACUGCCAUUCACUACUCAGACUCUCUUAUUAUUAGCUUUCUUGGAUCUGCCAGCAGCUGCGACUUUGCGCAACAGAAUCUACCCCAGAGCACAAUACGGAUCUCAGGUAAAAAAGGUGUGGAAUUACGGAAGAGCGAUCGACUCGGGAUCCACGGAGUAGGUCAGGUUGGACUCGAAAGAUGGCCCUUUAAAUUGAAUCCCCGCAUCGUAGUAACAUCGCUCCGAUUUUAUUUUUUUUUUCCUCGUCCGUAUGUUUAAGACGGCAAAUUACGCGGCGGUGGAUCCCGCGUUUACCAUCAUGCACGGCGCUUGGCUUCCCACGGGGUACCGAGAAAACACGCCCGUGGCGGUGGAGAAACCUAAGAAAAAGGCGUUCAGCCUGGUCAAAAUAAUGUCUCUGAGUAACAAGAAGGACCGCGGCCAGAAUCCGCACCAGCAGCAGAACCACCACCACCACAAUAACAACAUGCCUUUCACCAUCCACUGUCAGAUCGGGAAGGAAAUCAAGCACAUUUGCAGCAACUGCAGCCGUGGAAAUAACACGCAGGACGCUGAGGAAGUAGAGCGGCUGUCUGCCAUGCGCUCCGAGUCCCUGGUUUCUGGCACACACACUCCGCCCAUCCGUCACCGGAGCAAGUUUGCGACUCUUGGCAGACUCCUCAAGCCCUGGAAGUGGAGAAAGAAGAAGAGUGAAAAGUUCAAGCAGACAUCUGCAGCUUUGGAGAGGAAGAUGUCCCUGCGACAGAGCAGAGAUGAACUCAUCAAGAGAGGAGUUCUGAAGGAGAUCUUUGAAAAAGCUACUGUUGAAUUCCGAUCCUCUAUGGAUGGCAGUAUUUGCCCUCAGGAACCCUCCAUGAAGACCUCUAUGGUCCUGCCCACCAAGAAAUCUGUAUCUUUUCCAAAUGACCAUCAGGAGACCCCAGCCAAGCCCCCACUUUACCACAAGCAGCCUCCUGCCCUGCCUCCAAAGCCUUUCUCUAGGAUCCCAAACCAUAGCACAGAUUCUUGCCAGCCAAUGAAGUUGCCCUGCAUGCCCGGGGCAAAGCACUCCCCACCCUUGCCUCCUAAGAAAGUGAUGAUCUGCGUGCCUCCAGGCGGGCUGGACUCCUCGCCGUCACCUUCCCUAAACCCCCUUAGCACGCUCCCGCCAAAGUGCGCGCCUCCCCAGGGUUUGUCGUCUCACCACGGCACGCUUCUGCCCUCCCAGCUCGUCGGGCUUCACCAGAGCCACGGCCACCCGCUCCAGCUCCAAUACGGCGGCCUGCACGCCCCCAGCCGCAUCAUAGAGGAGCUCAAUAAAACCCUGGCACUAUCCAUGCAGCGGUUUGAAAGCUCUGCUUUACUGGGCAGUGUUCAGUGUGCUCCCUUGGACAGGAGAGAAGUGCCAUCAGUAAUAAUCGAGUAUGAAGACGACAAGGAGAAUAUGCCCAACGAGUCUGAUUAUGAAGACCUGCCCAGUAUGUACAAGGAUGAAGAGGAUGAUGUGGAUGACGAUGAGGAAGAUGAUGAAGACGACGACUCCAUAUUCACAAGUACUCUGGCUAAGAAAGUGCUACGAAAAGAUUCUCUGGCCAUCAAGCUGAGCAAUCGUCCAUCAAAAAGAGAGCUGGAGGAGAAAAACAUCUUGCCUAUGCAGACAGACGAGGAGAGGCUGGAAUCAAGGCAGCAAAUAGGCACCAAACUCACAAGGCGCUUGAGCCAGAGACCAACAGCAGAGGAACUAGAGCAAAGGAACAUCCUCAAACCUCGCAAUGAGCAGGAAGAGAUGGAGGAAAAGAGGGAAAUAAAACGAAGGCUGACACGAAAGUUGAGCCAGAGGCCCACUGUAGAGGAGCUGAGACAAGCCAAAAUUCUUAUCAGAUUCAGUGACUAUGUAGAGGUCUCGGAUGCCCAGGACUAUGACCGGCGAGCCGACAAACCCUGGACCCGACUCACGGCAGCUGAUAAGGCAGCAAUCAGGAAAGAACUCAACGAUUUUAAGAGCAACGAGAUGGAAGUCCAUGAGUCCAGUCGUCAUUUAACCAGGUUUCACAGACCAUAGUAGACCACAACUGUCUCAAGCAAUCCAGUCUGCUCCUCUGGAGAACCUUAAGUGCUGGACAGUAAAACGGUGCCCGUCUCUUCAAUAAGGCCAUGUAUUCUGAAAUGCCUUUUCAGGAUUUACACAUCUGAGUCAGCGCUGCACACCAAGAUGCUGACAGCCACUGUUCAGUCCCUUAUAGUAGCACAAAACAACUCUAGGUAAUGCACAUUGCCCCUGUAAGGGGCUCAUUCAACUGUCUCUUAAACCUCUCUGCUGAGCUCUCAGGCUGGCGCUCAGUGGUGUGGAGACUGGACAGCCGAAAGAGUCCUUGUUUGCAGUUGAUUGAUACUUGCGGCAAACCUACUUGGGUUCAUCAACAACACCAGUUUACUUGUCUCAGUGGACAUGUUUUUAAUCCCCUCCUCUCCAUUAGGCUGUCACUAUGAACUCUUUUUAGCUCUUGUGGACAAUCCUGAGUGAGGAUGGGGAGUUAAUUGUUCCAAGCUGAUUAAGUGAGAAGAGACUCAAUCUCUACUGUUCCUGCUGGGAUUUUAGAAAGAAACAUAAAGGAGGAAAAGCCUCCAGCAUUAGAAUCAUGUGCAAUUUUUUUUUCUUUCUGCUUUUCCCAGACUACAGCGCCCUCUGGAGUUCUGUGAGUCAAAUGUAGUCCUGCUCCUGCUCCUCCAUAUGUGCAAUUCUAACUGUAACCAGCAAUGCUGACAUCUAAUUGCUAACUGUGAAUUUGAGAGUCUGGACAAUUGCUAGACUCUCUCCAGAUGUAUAUUUUGUUGAUACACAAGAAGGAAAGUUAAAUUUAGGGAAUUAAAAAAAUCCUGUUUAGAUGACUUUUAUUAAUGUCUUAUGCAUUUUACAGUUAAAUUUGCAGCUCACAGAAAUGUUCUGAUUUUAAUGUACAACAAUCUUGUUUUAUUUUUUUUUAGUUGGUCAAUUUUUAUGUUUUUAAUAGAACCACUUCAACCAUGAACACCUAAUUUAAAUUUCUACAGGCAUUCCAGCGCUUUGAAGAGAGUAUUAAGUGAUUGCUUGCCACUUUUCUCUUUUUUAUUAUUUUUUUUAUGUGUGUUGUUUGCUUAUGUACGUUCAUUCUUGGCUCGAACUGUGCACUGUAUUAUACACUUUAAUUUUAUACUCUUGUCCCUGAAGCUUUUAACAAAGCAAUACCCUUUGUAGAGAGGAGGUUCAGAUGAAUUCUCUCCACACCAUUUGUAUGUUUUUUUUUUCUUUUUCUUUUUUCAGUGCAGACACGUUUCUGUCUUCAGGGUCUAGCAGUUUGUUUUAUAUGGAUGUUUCCUUCAGAGUUUUUGCAGAACAAUUUUUCCUUAUAGGACCACGUAAAAUCUGCCUGGAUAGCUUUACCAAUACGUUCGGACAAGGUGCAAUGAAAGUGUCAUGGUAUGUGAUGCAGACUGUAUUUAACGGGCUCUGACUUUACUCAGUUCUGAGUGACCAUUUUGAAGACCUUUUACUGCUUAUGUACUUUGUACUGUUAAGAGUUCAGCUUAAUUUUUUUUUUGGAUUUGUAAGUUAAUUUUUGUUUUUCUGAUAACUGAUCCCUAAGCCAGUAUUUCAACACUUAUGCUUUUUGCUUAUUUUUUAUUUUUAUUUUUUAUGCUGUAUUACUUUAAAAGUUGCGAAUGAAAUUUUCAUCAGCAGCGGAGAUUAGAAUCUGUUCAUAUUGUGAUUCAUCUCUGUAAAGGAACAUGGGUUCUGUAUUAUUUUAAAAACUUAAGAAGUGUUGGGUGAACUGAUGGUAUCUGGGGAUGAAAAACAUUACAUUUCUUUGUUCUGCAUGUGUUUUAUAUGCCAGAAGAGGGGUGUUGCUCCAGUCAUUACUCUUAUCAAGUGGAAAACAAUCCUGAUUUGAUUAGGCCAUCUCUUCUUACACACACAUGCAGUGUUUUAUGUUAAAUUCACUUUCUGCAGAACUAUAGUUGGUCCCCUUUUAAAAAAGAAAUAUUUGCAGGUUCAGAAAAAUGGAACAUUAUAGAAAUGAACAUACACUAUUUUGAAGUUGUUAUAUCACGACCCGAGCCAGUGGAUCAAGCAUGAGGUUUGGCAUUUUGCUGGAAUCAAGGAACAUGAUAUCAGCAAUAAUCGGUUUCUUUUAACAAGUUGGCGGUGAGACUCAAAGUAGUCUUGUUUUUGUUCUUUGUUUUUUAAUUCCUGAAACGCAGAAUACCAUGUAAGGAACACAUCAUGCCAAUAAAAUUCUAUUUCUGAAUGCA